GCGUCGUAACCGCACUCCAAACUUUGCCAGUUUCGGGCGCGCGAAUUCCGAGUUCCAUUUUCGAAUUCCUUCCCACCACUUUUGACACGUUUGACGUUUAAAUUUUUUUUUUCCGUAACGAAGCAGUGGCGUUGGACUUGUAAGUGACUUGUCAAUUUUCGUCGAGUGUAGUGAAGUGUAAGGGCGACACUUUGCCCCGUCUUUGCUCAUUAAAAGUGGCGGUUUCGUGUCAACAGGAUGUGAUAACCGUCCCACUGCAUGGCCCGAAAUUGGAAGUUACAUAUUCAGCGAGGAUUAUUGCAUUGUUCUCAUAUUCGUGAUGGACCCUUCACUAGGAAUACGGAGUUGAAAACACCUGUAAUUAUAUCCAGAGCAAGCAUGUGCUGAGUGAAAAUGGAGUCAACGGAAGACGAAUUCUACAGCAUAUGCCUGAACCUCACCAGCGAAGAGAUAGCCAGCGUCGGCGGAUGUAAUUAUAGCGCUGAAUACGAAAAUGGGGAACUGCUCGAGAAGGUCGUGUCCAGGGUUGUGCCAAUCUUCUUCGGAUUCAUCGGAAUCGUUGGCCUGGUUGGGAACGCGUUGGUUGUCCUUGUAGUUGCCGCGAACCCUGGCAUGCGAUCCACCACAAACCUACUCAUAAUCAACCUGGCUGUAGCUGAUCUCCUAUUCGUGAUAUUUUGCGUGCCUUUCACCGCUACUGACUAUGUUAUGCCCAGAUGGCCAUUCGGAGACUGGUGGUGCAAAGUCGUACAAUACUUCAUCGUUGUGACUGCACAUGCAUCUGUUUACACCCUAGUUCUGAUGUCUCUGGAUAGAUUCAUGGCAGUGGUACAUCCAAUAGCAUCAAUGUCGAUACGAACUGAAAAGAACGCUCUGCUGGCUAUAGCCUGCAUAUGGGUGGUGAUACUGACCACAGCGAUCCCUGUUGGCAUCUGCCACGGGGAGAGAGAGUACUCCUACUUCCACAGGAACCACUCCUCUUGCGUAUUCCUGGAGGAGCAGGGAUACAGCAAGCUGGGGUUCCAGAUGUCCUUCUUCCUGUCAUCAUAUGUGAUACCCUUGGCACUUAUUAGUUUUCUGUAUAUAUGUAUGCUGUCAAGAUUGUGGAAGAGCGCACCAGGGGGGAGGGUGUCCGCUGAGAGCAGGAGGGGCAGAAAGAAGGUGACAAGAAUGGUUGUGGUAGUAGUUGUUGUGUUUGCGGUUUGCUGGUGUCCCAUACAGAUUAUUCUGCUGGUGAAAGCCCUGGACAAAUACAAUAUCACCUAUUUCACGGUGACGGCACAGAUCGUCUCCCAUGUGCUGGCGUACAUGAACAGCUGCGUCAACCCUGUGCUGUACGCUUUUCUGUCGGAGAACUUUAGGGUCGCCUUCAGAAAGGUAAUGUACUGCCCGCCGCCAUAUUCCGACGCAAUGGCGCGUGCGCAGCCCACAAAGACAACACGCACCGGCAACGGGAACUCCUGUCACGAUAUCGUGUGAGAAUCGUUACGCAGUCGUACGCACGUCGCUGAGCAGGCGACGAUCGUGUGAACGCGUGCGGCUGUAGGAUACGUCAUAUUGAUUGAUAAUUCAAAUUAGGAAUCGCUCGUGGUUGGUUACUUGGAGUCGUUCGAAAAUUACAUAGCGCGCAUGGAGUUUUGUAUUUAAAUUUUAAAAAGAAAUAGUUCUAUAUUUAAAUUUUAAAAAUAAAAUAUCGAGCUAGUGUUUAAAAGUGGAAUGUUUGUCUGCUUAUUGCGUUCUUUUAAAUAUUAAUUUGACAUUAAAUAUUCGUCAAUGUAUAUAUAUCACGUUAUUUAUUUUAAAAAUUAUGCAUUUUUUAUAUGAACUGUUCUGGAUAACAGGGCAUUGCCUGUAGCCUAUGUAAAUAAUGAAUAACGCGAUGGAAUACAGCUUGUAUACUAUAACAGAGAGGAAUUAGUAGGAUCAUCCAAGUAUUAGUAAGUAGGAAGCUAUAAACUUUGAACUAACAAUAAACGAACUUUACUGGGAUUAUAGUUGCUAUUGGUGUUCGACGAACUAUGAAA